UCAUGUGGACCACACUUCAUAAUCCGAUUCCUAAUUCUCAGGCCGUCCAAAUGAGUGCCGCGCCGGCGAAUGUGGUCGGCUACGACGUGCCCAAUGGGGACUUCUGCGCAUAUCUGAAGGGAUUCUGGAAGCGCAACCUGGAGUGGCGCCGCUUUGGUGCCAGUUUCAAGCAUUUGCGCUCCACCAACAACAUCGUAUUCAUCGAGGAAGACCUUGACGCAGCGCGACAGCCCAACACCCAAUUCCUCCGGUGGUCUUUCGGCCGAACACUCAAGCAGCAGGAUUUGGCUAGCGCUUAUACCGUGCAGUUCAUUCCGGACGAACAGGGCACUUUCAUGGAGUGGAGCUUUGAGGGCGUGACGUGCCAUGGCGUGUUCAAGCCAGAGGCCAACGUGGCCAUUCUCAACUUCUGUCUUCAGGAGUCCAUGGUUACCAUCACAUACCGCGUACUUGAUGCCAAUACGAUGGCCGUGUGCAUCGUGGACGUGGACAGCGAGCACACACCGACAAUCCAAUACGGCAACAUGUAUCGCAUCAAUCCGUCCAAGUACGAACGCGAACCCGAGGAUUGAGCUCUUGCCAUCAUCUGUAUCGCACUUAAUUGAAUCGCUGAUAAUACUACGAGACUUUGUGUUGAAUUUGGGCCAAGUGAGCAAUGGCCUGCAGGCGUGUGGUGAUCGGAGGCACCUUCGCGUGCGACGAAGCCCUCGCCGUGCCACUGCAGUAUCUUCUAAAGAAUGUUAGUGCAACUAC